UUCAGGAAAAGGGUUCGCUUCAGUUCGAAGACAUUUGGCCGAAGAUGAGACCCGUUAUACUCAGACUCUUACGACAAGAGGCCGUCUCAAGAGGUCAAUGGCAGGAACUCUUCUGUCCCUGUCAUAAGCUUAAGAUUAGAUCCAUUGUAUUGUUCAUACGGUAUUACGCCACUCAUGAGUACUGGUUAUUAAAUUAUUUGCUACUGUUUUGCCGACAAACCCCAAUCUACCGGUGCAUUGAUGGUGUGGUUAUGGUGGCCAUGGAUGUGGACAUGGAUGUGGACAGGAAUGUGCAUUCGGUGUGUCUGUGGGACGUUUUCCCACGGUAUUUUGACGUAGUGAUGCAGCACCAGGAGGAUCAGGCACUGCUGAAAGCGUACAUAAGCUCAUGGAAAAAGUUCUUCAGCCAAUGCUCAUACCUACCGAUGCCUUUCCAUCAGUUAGAACAGGCAUUGCUUAACAAACCGCCCACUAAUAGCACUCAGAAAAAGGGUAAUAACGAUGAAAGUAUUGUCCGAAAGUUAAUGUUGGACAGUUGGAAUGCUAGCAUAUUCUCAAACAUCAAACACCGGCUCCAGAACUCUGCCAUGAAGUUAGUCCACUCGGAACGCAACGGCGAGGCCUUUGACAGUCAGCUGGUGAUAGGGGUCAGGGAGUCGUACGUAAACCUGUGCUCAAACCCUGUGGACAGACUGCAGAUCUAUAGGGAGAACUUCGAGAAGGCAUACCUCGAGGCCACCGAAGCUUUCUAUAGGACCAAAGCGCCCGAAUAUCUGGAGGCUAACGGUGUCCAGAGUUACAUGUAUUGGGCGGACAUGAAGUUAGUGGAAGAGGAACAGAGGGCUUCCCGUUAUUUGGAGUCGUAUUCCGGUUCCGUUCAGACGCUCUUGGAUUGUUGUGUGAAAGUACUGAUCACUGCAUUUAAAGAGAUAAUUAUUGCCGAAUGUCCGCAAAUGAUUAAAUUCAACGAUACUACGAAGCUGAACCUAAUGUUCCGGCUGAUGGACCGGGUGCCCGAGGGUAUAGUGCCAAUGCUGGAGUUUCUGGAGUCGCAUAUCAUCGACCAGGGGUUGGCCGACAUGAUAGCGUCGGCUGAGGUGAUCACUCAGGACUCUGAGAAGUACAUCGAGCAGCUCCUGGAGCUAUUCAGACGGUUCUCACUGCUAGUC